AGCUCCUAAUAAAGGCUUGUGACAUGGACUUCCCCAGUUGUCCGGGGACACCUGUGCUCCUGGUUUGCCACGCCGUUACGGGUGUCUUCUUUGUUUUCUAAAUAUUCAAGCACGAAGAAAAGACAGCCCCACAGCUUCCAGGAAUGGAGUACCAGGAUGCAAUCUGCACCCUUGACACACUUAGUAAAUCACAUGCCAGCUUCGGGGAGCCGCUGCAGCCAGAAGGUCGGAACCCUGAAUUUCCACUCGUGGCUAUGCAGAGCUUCUUGGAGCGAGCUGGCCUUGUGGUGGAAGAUCUUGACAAUCUCAAUAUCAUUCAUGUGACUGGGACAAAGGGCAAGGGGUCAACAUGUGCUUUCACAGAGCAAAUUCUCAGAACCUACGGGUUUCUAACAGGAUUUUUAAGUUCACCACACUUGGUUGAAGUAAGAGAGAGGAUUCGCAUCAAUGGACAGCCAAUUGGAAAAGAGCUUUUCACAAAGUAUUUCUGGCAGAUUUAUGGAAGACUGGAUGAAUCAAAGGAAGCACACAGUGGCAGCAUGCCCAAUUACUUCCAAUUCCUCACCCUUCUGGGCUUCCAUAGCUUCCUGCAGGAGAAGGUGGAUUUGGCGGUAGUUGAAGUGGGAAUCGGCGGCGCCUAUGAUUCCACCAACAUUUCUAAGAAACCAUGGGUGUGUGGCGUCGCAUCUCUCGGCAUCGACCACACUCAGAUUCUCGGGGACACCAUCCAGGAGAUUGCUUGGCAUAAAGGAGGAAUCUUUAAGCCAGAGGUUCCUGCCUUCACGGUCAAGCAGCCUGAAGGCUCCAUGGCUGUCCUGAAACAGAGAGCCUCAGAGAUAGAGUGUCCCCUUUGGGUCUGUCCAGAGCUGGAGGACUACCAGACGGACUGUGGACCUCUGCAGCUGGGCCUGGCCGGACAGCAUCAGCGCUCCAACGCCUCCCUGGCCCUGCAGCUGAGUCACACCUGGCUGCAGAGGAGGCGUCUGCAAGACCAGAACUUUCCCUCCACCACUCUGGAGGGUCCAGGGGUCCCUCUGGCCACUCCUUUCACACCAAGCCCCAUCAUGACCAAAGGGCUGGCCGACACGGUGUGGGCGGGUCGCACCCAGACGCUGAAGAACGGCGAGGUCACCUACUUCCUGGACGGAGCUCACACCAGGCGCAGCAUGCAGGCCUGCGUGAGCUGGUUCCAGGAGGCAGCGGUGCGCUGCGAGAGGAACGCAAGUGGCCCCGUUGCGAGAGUGUUGGUGUUCAACGUCACAGGAGGGAGAGACCCGGCCGUCAUGCUAAACUUCCUGGUGCCGUGUCAAUUUGACUUUGCUGUGUUCUGCCCGAAUAUCACUGAAGCCAACGCAUCCUGCAACCCAGACCAGCAGGACCUCGACGCGUCGGUGGAGAACAUGCUGAGUGGUUGCCGGGACAACGAGAGGAGCUGGCAGCGGCUCCAAGGCGCCGGGGAGUCUCCGCCCCCCGACCGGGACACUGGCCCGGGCGCGCUGGUCUUCCCCUGCAUCCUCAGCGCCCUGCAGUGGGCCGCUCAGGGCCGGGACCCCGUCCUCCUGUCCCGGGACGCGGACAAGCGGGAGGCGCCGGUGAAGCCCAGCCUCGUCGCCAAGGCCGCGCUCCAGCGGGAGGUGAGGGAGAUCCACGUCCUGGUGACGGGGAGCCUGUACCUGGUGGGCGGGGCGCUGAAACACCUGGACCCCUCGUCCUGCUCCAAGUAGAUCCGGCCUCGGGGGGGCACGUUCAACCCUCUGGUGUGACGGCUUCAUUCCUGUAGACUGGAUGGUUUUCUUUUUCUGGAUGAACCUGAUUUGUGAACAUGCCUUUCCCACCUAGUUUCACUCUUGUCUCUUCUACAUUCUUCUUCUACAUUCUUCUUCAAUAUUCGUCGAUAAUGAUUAAUUUGCAUAGUGUGAGAUGGAGCUUAGAUCGACCCCGUGCAAGUUCUGUCCGAGCCCGGCCCGGCCCGACACUGUAAUUAUGAGCCCGAGCCCGAUUUCAUUUUGGGAUGCGUGCGAGUGGAGGAGACACGUGAGCUGCAACAUGUGUGGCGUUUUUAUUUUUUCGGGGGAGCCUAGGGGGAGCACGUUCAACCCUCUGGUGUAACGGCUUCAUUCCUGUAGACUGGAUGGUUUUCUUUAUCUGGAUGAACCUGAUUUGGGUGUGGCCUAUAAGAGGGCCAACUGGUUUUUCUGAUGUGUGGUAUGACAAAGGGUAACGGUUUCUUCCUUCUCGCACUGUUUCUAAUCAGACUGUCUUGAAGUGACAAGGUUGUUGGGACUAUGACUUUAAUCCAAACCUGUAUGCAUGAACUUAAUGAUUUAUGAACCUCUUAAACUGUCAUCUGUGAGUCCAGCAAAAGGAUUUGCUGCAAAAGGAAAUGCAUUUCAUCAUUGUUGAGCUGCAGUGGCAUACAGCUAUAAGCCAAUAAGCCGAUUUUCAUAACUACUGAUUCUUUGCCUUGAAAGCAGAAUCAGUUUAAGUUAAUAUGUGUUCGGUAAGUUCAUCAAAGCCUUUUUACAUUCUUUGGUCCUAAUGAUCGAUUUUUGCUUGCUUUGUUUGUACUUUUUAUUUACUUGGAGAGAAAACACUAUAUAAAUAUAACUGUCUAUAACUUGUGUUCAUAUCU